AAAAUCUGAGUGAAGUUCAGAGAGUAGCCACAAAUCUAGUUAAAAGAAUCAAGAUCUGGAGCCGCUCCUCAAUUAAAAAACAACAUCAGAAAAACAGAAGAGAAAGAAAAACUGAAAAAUGGCGGAUUUUCAGAACAGCAGGAUUUUUCAGAAGGGACCAGAAGUAGUCUUCGAGCGAGAACACAUUAUAAUAGAAGAUCUGAAAACAAGAGAUGAAAUGAGAAAUAAAAAAAUGUUUCGUUAUCUGCCAAAAAACAUCCCGGAUUAUCCAAACCCUGUUGAAUUUCACAUCAGAGAGGUGACUCAUGUCACUAACAAGACAAAUCUACCAGAGAUCUGGAAGUCAGAAGGAUUCAAGGGAUUUAAAGAUUUUGAUCAAUUCCCAUUGUCAUGGUGGAGUCUGACCAUUAAAGAAGAGAAUAUACGAGAAGCUGAGGAGCGAUAUCUCGAGAGCUUGUUCCCAGACAGAACCCAAGAAAAUUUGGCAGAACAACAGCCAUUCCUGAAAGAUUUCACCAAAUCGCCCACUUUUGAAAAUUGCACAUCACGCUACGGCAACUUUCGGUUCACGUUUCCUCUGACUGAACUGAUGAAAGAGUACAAACAACAGAUGUGUGGCGGUGAAGAUCCAGUUCUCAGAGUGUAUCAGACCAAACUCUAUAAGAAGGCAAUUGUGUAUGCUGUCCUCAUUCACAGGCCUCAGUUGAAUGAGAAUUUUAAAGAUUAUCCAGAGCUUACAUCCGGUACACUGGUAUCUUACGAGUCUGGUAAAAUCAUCUGGAAAGCACAAGCCAUUUGUGAAAACCACAGCAAGAAGAUGAUAUUGAACCGUUUGAACAAAACAGCUACAAUAGAACAACUGCGUGAAUACGAGUUUUAUGUGUGGGAUGAUGUGAGUCUCGCCUUUCACCUCGACGAGAACGAGAUCUUUAAUUUCCCUAGAGAAAGGCUUAGAGAGUGUCUCACUUGUUGUAACCUUGAUCCAAAAAUAAAUCUUUCACGAGGAGAAAACUGCAGUACACUCGAAAAAGCUAAAGAAACAGUUGAGAUGAUAUGUGUAAAUAGUGCUAACGUGACGAAAGAAGAAGACCAAAAAUAGUCUGGAGACAACAUGAUCUACAGCGGAGGAACAUCUGAGCUCUUCAGAAAUACAUUUAAUAUACAGGCUGAGACUUAAAUUAGAGUAUCAGGGUUAGAACUAAUAAUCAGGUGAAGGAUGAUUUUUGUAUCUUAAUGUAGUUUUUUUGUCUUAUUUGUUCUGUAUUAUUGAUUCUACAUUCAAAUGAAUACAUUCAAGUAAUCGUAGUUAUAAAGAUUUAUCUUAUUUUAUGUGCUCAUGUUAAUCGUUGUUGUCACACAAACAUGUUUAAAUUUAUUUGAAAACAAACCAUCUGCUUGUGCUUUCAUCCUUUCCUUAAGGUUUGAGGGGGUGAAUUUCCAUGUUAUUUUAGCAUAAUAUCAUAUUGUGUUUUCUUAAAGAAGCUUCAAUAAUGUUUUUGUUUGACUAUGAAAGUGUUUUUUGUAUAUGGAGAAGAGGGAAUGAACACGCCAGUUAUUCUGUGUCAAUUGGAGUUAAAGUAAUAACAAUAAUGAAAGCUCUACAUUCAACCGAGGGAGGUGGAUCUACUGAGAAUAUAUUUUCAAUAUAUAUUUUUAUUAUAAAGCUGAGGGUACAUAUUACAUUAAAAUAUGUUUAGGAACCA